AUGUCAAAAGCUCAAGGAAAAAUUGCUUUCUCGGUUCAUCACCCCUUUAAAGUCCCCGUGAAAUCAAAGUUGAACUAUUUACAGGGCUUUUACACUGUAUACAGGAACCUGUUUGAGUCUAUUGUAAAGGAGGAGAUGGAGCACAGCAAAGAUGAGGAAGACGAGGAGGAUGAGUUUCCCUCAUUUGGAGACUCUCAAAGUGACUAUGACACUGUGGUGCAUUUAUUCUACGGCUACUGGCAGAGCUUCUGUACGCGCAAAAACUUUGCGUGGAAGGAGGAAUACGACACACGACAGGCCUCCAACCGCUGGGAGAAGAGAGCCAUGGAGAAAGAGAACAAGAAAACCAGGGACAAGGCCAGGAAAGAGCACAGCGAGCUGGUGCGGUCACUGGUGGCCUUUGUCCGAAAACGUGACAAGCGUGUUCAGGCCCAUAAGAAACUAGUGGAAGAGCAGAAUGCGGAGAAGGCCAAGAAAGCUGAAGAACUGAGGAGAAAACAGAAGCUCGACCAGGCCAAGCUGGCGGAAGACUAUAAGGAACAGAGUUGGGCUGCCAUGUCAGAGCUGGAGAAAGAACUGCAGCAGAUGGAAGCCGAGUACGGUCUAGAGUUUGGUGACGUAUCGGAGAGUGAAGAGGACGAGGAGGUGGAAAACGGGCAGGAGAGGGCAAACAUAGACAGGGGAGAUGCGGUGCAGGCAGAUGGUGCCGUGGAAAUGGACGACUAUUAUGAUGACCUGUAUUGCCCUGCCUGUGACAAAUCUUUCAAAUCCGAUAAAGCCAUGAAAAACCAUGAGAAGUCCAAAAAACACAGAGAGAUGGUGGCAUUGCUACGGCAACAGCUGGAGAAGGAAGACAAGUCGCUGAGUCAGAACUCUGUGGAGAGAGAGGAGGAAGAGGACGAUGACGAUGACAGUGAUGAACUUGGUGGCACACAGAGACAAAAAUUAUCUAAAAGGCAGAAGAAAAAGAAACGGCAGCAGAAAACUGUAAAUAAUCUCCCAGAAGAGCCUGAGAUGGACAGUCCAGUCCAGCGGCCCACAGAAGAGCGUCCCCCACCUGCACCUGAUUCGGGCAACAGCGAGGAAGCCCCUGUCCCCUCUGAGGACCCAGAUGAGAUUCUAAAACCAGAGGGAUGUGAACCAAGAGAUCAAAAAAGCUCUGAAAAGUCAAAAGGGAAGAAAGGUGGAAAAGACUCUAAAAAGAAUGGUAAACCAAAUGGCGGUGUAGAAGUUGCUCAAGAGAAGGAAACCAUCUUGCGCUGUGUGACCUGUCAGUAUGAAUUUGCCACCAGGAACAAACUUUUCGAUCACCUGAAGACCACAGGCCACGCCACUGCCCUCUACUCUAGUAACGCUGCACAAACGUGCAAGAAAAAGAAGGACAUCAGGAAGAACAGAUAACUGAAAGGCAGACAAAGACUUAAGCCCCUCUGACUGUCCACUUGUCAGUGUGUGCAGUUGUGCAACCAUCAGGGAGUGCGUUUAUGGGCCUGCGUGUCUUUGUCCCUCUGAGAAUGAAUUUGUGCCCUGUGGGCUGACAUUUCUUUUGUAAUGCACCAUAUGCCAAAAGAUUUCCCUAGAACUGCCAUUUAUUCCUACCAUAUUUGAUGCAUAAUCUGGUGCGUCAGAGCGGUCCUGUAGGACAAUGAGGCUUCUAUUGAGUAGACUGUGCAUAUGUCGUUUUUUUUAGGAAGUUAAGAGUAAUUAUGAUGGCACGUUUAAUUUCACAUUUUCACAGUGACAAUUCCAAAGAGGUAAACUGUAAAAGGCAACGUGAGGAAUAAAACUCCACUGGAUGUUUUGAACAUGGAUUUCAUUUUAUUGGAAAUGUUUCUGUUUGGAAAAAUAAGCUAUGAACCGCAAAAUCUCUCAACAGUGUUAUUAUUGGUAAUAAGACCAUUGGGUUUAAGAUCAUAAAGAGGUAAAGGCUAAACAUUCAAAUAUGUUUAAUGUACUAUGUGUGUAACAGGUCAGCUGCAAUAUAUAAAGGCUUGGUGUUAUGCAAAACAAUACCAGUGGAUUUCCACGAAAGGAUCUCAAAAAGUACUAGAAAAAAACAAAACAACGGAUGCUUAUUUAAUAAACAGUUGCUGUCUUUGCAGGACAGAAAUCUCCUUCUCUUCAUAUAACGUUUUAAGAGGCAGCAGAUUUAUUUAUGACCUUGCGUGCCUUAAUGGUAUAAGCUAUGAAUGUCACUUGAACUGGGUCAGGUUUGAAU